CCGCCGCCGCCGCCAUGAAGCGGAAGAGCGAGCGCGUCCGGACCGCCCGCGGACCCGCGCUGCCCGCCAAGAAGAGCCGCCCGGACCCCAAGCCCCGCAGGCCUGACUUCGCCGUCAGCGUCACCGAUCGCCUCGGCUUCGCCAUCCUGGGUCAGAAGCCCAAGGCCUCGGCCAGCGCGCACUACUUCUGUGUCGACGACGAGCUGGUCUACGAGAACUUCUACGCCGACUUCGGCCCCCUGAACCUGGCGAUGGUCUACCGAUACUGCUGCAAGGUGAACAAAAAAUUAAAGUCCUUCACCCUGAGGAGGAAGAAGAUCGUCCACUACGCAGGCCCCGACCCCAAGAAACAGGUCAACGCCGCCUUCCUCAUGGGCAGCUUCGCCAUCGUGUACCUCGGCCGGACCCCCGAGGAGGCCCACAGGCUGCUCACCACCGGGAGCGUCCCCUACAUCCCCUUCAGGGACGCCGCGUUUGGGCCCUGCAACUUCCCCCUGACGCUGCUGGACUGUUUGCACGCCAUGGACAAGGCCCUCCGCUUCGGCUUCCUCAACUUCUCCGAGUUCGACCUGGCCGAGUACGAGCACUACGAGAGGGCGGAAAACGGAGACUUCAACUGGAUCAUCCCGCGCCGCUUCCUGGCGUUCAGCGGGCCCGGCCCCGGGACCAAGGCCCACCACGGUAGGGGGGUCCGCGCCGUCCUGCUCCGCUGGGCCGCCCUGGGCCACCGCUUUCCCGUUCGGGCCACCGACCUGCCGCUCCGGGCCGCCGUCUUGCUCUCUGGGCCGCUG